UGAUUCUAUUGUUCCCUCUGCUUCACACCCCAUUUGAAAGCAGGCUCAACUUCCGUUUCCUCCUCAAGAGCUUCUUUCUGUUCAUAAGCUGCUGUAGAUAUGGGUUUGGCACUUUCUCGAUUCGUGAAGAUGCUUUUUGCAAGGAAAGAAAUGAGGAUUCUGAUGGUGGGUCUUGACGCUGCAGGAAAAACCACCAUCCUCUACAAGCUGAAACUUGGAGAAAUUGUCACCACAAUUCCUACUAUUGGUUUCAAUGUGGAAACUGUUGAAUACAAAAAUGUUAGCUUCACCGUUUGGGAUGUAGGAGGGCAGGACAAGAUUCGACCAUUAUGGAGACACUACUUCCAGAACACCCAGGGUCUUAUCUUUGUGGUGGAUAGUAAUGACAGAGAGAGAAUUUUGGAAGCUAAAGAUGAGCUCCAUCGGAUGCUAAGUGAGGAUGAGCUGCGUGAUGCAAUUUUGCUAGUAUAUGCCAAUAAGCAGGACCUUCCAAAAGUUUUGACUGUUUCUGAAAUCACUGAUAAACUAGGCCUGCAUUCACUCCGCCAGCGCCGAUGGUACAUCCAACCUGCAUGUGCCACUAAUGGGCAAGGACUUUAUGAAGGACUUGAUUGGCUAUCCAGCAACAUCAGUAGCAAGGCACAAAUUUAGGUCUUAUGCACCUUUAUUUUUUGAGCCAUUUUGCCAUAAAGAUUCAGCGACCCACCCUGCAAUUGAACUUUGUGACUUUUACGAAGUGAUAAAGGCAUAUAUUUUUAAGCUUUAUAUGUGUAUGUUGUGUGUGAUUUUGAAAAGCUACUGUAAUCACAAUACGGUUUGGUGCUA